UAUUGCAUCUUUUUCUGCUGCAAAUGAACAACCAACUUGUUUCAUGUAUAAAAACUUCCUUCAUUCAUAGUUUAGAAGUAAUGAGGUCAUGAAAACAAUUUUCAGGAAAUAUAAAUAAUGCCAGAAUUGGAUGGAUAAUUAUUAUAAAAUCUUCUUCCUUUUACUGUUUGAACACACCUCUGGGCAGGGUUUAAGCAAAUGUGUAAUAAAAAUAGAACAGAUGAGCGCAUCGUUCAGAACUAGUUUUUGCCCUUUCCUUCAAGACCAUGGCGUUUUAUCGCACAGACUGCGUUGAGAAACCCGUUUCUAAGCUUUUUGAGAAACUUGGCCAUCUGGUUGGUUCUUAUCCGCUUUGGUUUUUUGUCGUUCCUCUGAUAACGUCCGCUGCUCUCGGAGGAGGACUGUACUUUCUCAAAGACGGCGUGAACAAUGACGUUGAACAGCAGUUCACACCUAUCAAUGGACCUUCCAAGCAAGCCAGAGAGUUUGUGAAAGCGACGUUUCCAAGUAACGAUUCGCUGUUUUCAACACAAAGACUCUAUGCCGAGGGAAACUAUUCAGUGAUCAUAUUCUCUGUGACGGAAGGAAACAUUUUAACAGAUGCCCUGUUUGAGGAAAUCCGUGAGCUCGACAAGCAAGUGCAUGGUCUCUCUGUCACCGUCGACCAAACUCAGAUACGUUUUAAAGAUCUUUGCGCCAGAGAAAAUGGAGAAUGCGUCCCAAAUCCCAUAUUGAACGUGACUGAUAAUAAAUUCGCCAAUUUAUCAUUUCCGAUAAAAAAGUGGAGAGGGAAAGAUGUUUUUCUUGGCUCUACAGUAGGAGGUGUUGAAGAAAGCGGAGGCGUGAUCCAACGAGCACGUGCCGUCAAACUUUUCUACUUUUUGCAGGAUAUCAACGGAACCUUGGAAUGGCUUCAACAGUUUCAGAAUUUUCUAUUCGGAAAAACGUUCAACAAAGGACUCGAGGUGUCUUAUUUUACCUCGCUCUCCAGACAAGAGGAGAUAGAGAAACACACAACAGAUGGCAUUCCUCUCUUUUCAAUAACUUACUCACUUGCAAUCUCCUUCUCGGUGUUAUCUUGCAUGCGUCUCGAUAAUGUGAGGAACAAGAUUUGGGUUUCGUUCAUGGGAGUUCUGUCUGCGGGUCUUGCUGUGCUGUCUAGCUUUGGCUUGCUGCUCCUUUUACGAGUGCCAUUCGUAAUAACAGUGGCCAAUUCACCUUUUCUGAUUCUGGGCAUUGGUGUUGAUGACAUGUUCAUCAUGCUUUCCAACUGGCAACAAACCAAAGUGAAGGACCCAGUGGAGAAGAGAAUGGCAGAAACCUUCAAAGAAGCCGCCAUGUCUAUAACGAUCACCACACUGACCGACGUUCUCGGCUUCUACAUCGGGCUCAUGAGUGAGUUUCGCUCGGUUCAGGCCUUCUGCUUGUACACCAGCACAUCCAUUAUUUUCUGCUACGUUUAUAACAUCCUCUUCUUUGGGAGCGCUCUAGCCCUGAACGGCAGGAGAGAGCAGAGUAACAGACACUGGCUGACCUGCUGCAAACUCCCAACCCAGACUCCUGAAGGAAAAUCGUUGGCGUAUCGCCUCUGCUGUGUAGGUGGCGACUAUGACCAAAACACAGGUGCUGAGAAACAACAACCCAUAGUACGCGUCUUCAAGUCCUAUUAUGGUCCGUUCCUGAUCAAGCCCUGGACCAAAGUCUGUGUGAUGCUGAUAUAUUUGGGUUAUUUGGCCGGAGGCAUCUAUGGAUGUUUUAAUUUAAAGCAGGGAAUUAAUAUGAGGGACCUUGCAUCCGACAGUUCGUAUGUCAUAGAUUACUACGACAAUGAUCGGAAAUUCUUCUCCAGGUACGGUCCAAAUGUCAUGGUUGCGGUGACUGAAGAGCUGCCAUAUUGGAAUGAGAGCAGCAGAUCAGAACUAAACCACUGCAUGGAAAAACUCUACAGCUUAACAUUUGUCAAUCAAAAUCUGUCAAAAGCAGUCUCCUGGUUGGACGGUUACUUACAAUUUGCUCAAAACCAAAGGCUAAAUGUAAACGGUGAAAAUGUCUUCAUGGAGAAUUUAUCAUCUUUUUUCCUGCGCUACCCAGAGUUCAAGCUCGACGUUAAUAUCACAGAAGGCAAAAUCGGUGCUUCAAGAUUUUUUCUCCAAACUUUGGAUAUCGCCAACGCCAGUAUGGAGAUAGCGAUGUUCAACGACCUCAGAAACGCAGCUCAAAGCUGUAGUGCAGCUAAACUACUAGUGUUCCACCCGUUGUUCAUCUACUUGGACCAAUAUAUGGUCAUAGUGACCGGCACCAUUCAGAAUGUGGGCUUCACCACAGCCGUCAUGUUGGUCGUGUCCUUGUUAUUAAUCCCAAACCCACUCUGUUCCCUCUGGGUCACGUUUUCCAUCGGCUCAGUCGUCACCGGUGUCGCAGGUUUCAUGGCCUUAUGGGACGUAAACCUGGAUUCCAUUUCGAUGAUCAUCCUGGUGGUGUGCAUCGGCUUCACUGUCGACUUCUCUGCACAUAUUUCGUAUGCUUUUGUUUCGAGCAAAAAAUCGACAGCUAAUGAGCGGGCAGUGGAUGCAUUGGUUUCUCUGGGUUAUCCGGUGCUACAAGGAGCUGCCUCGACAAUAAUAGGCGUACUCGUUUUGGCUACAUCUAGAAACCACAUUUUCAGGACUUUCUUUAAGAUCAUGUUCCUCGUUAUGAGUUUCGGUUUGGCUCACAGUAUUAUCUUUAUCCCGGUGUUUCUGACCCUGCUGUCCUGCAGUUCAAACGAAACUAAGAAAACAACAACAAAGGUGCCUGAUGUCAUUCCAAAAAUCGUCAUGAUUGAAAACAAAAGCACGGCAUAUGAUAACUAUGCGUUUACUAAGGACAGUCCCCACAUGUGUGGACAAACUGUAAAAACACAAAGUACUGAUAUAUAUUUUAUUCCAAAUAAUAAAAUGCCUUCGAGUUGGUGCCGUGACCCAGACUGUCCAUAGACACUAAGUGUAAUUGAGUGAAAUUGAGUAUUGUGACACAAUGUAUGUGUCGAAAUGUAUUAUUUUUUUUUAAAUAUUAUAUAUUUGUAUUUGUGCAACAUCAAGUACAAAUCCCGUAUGUACUGUCAUCCUAGGUCGCAGUGAUUGAUUAUACAUUACUUCUUGCACAUUUCUCAACACCUUCAAAGUGAAAUGUGGAGUGUGUGGCACGUAUAGUUUUAUCCGAAACAGAUUAACGGGAAUCUGAUAUUGUCAGGGUUCCGUCACUUCGGCCUAGUUUAAUCAAUGGCUUUGUUUUCAUGUGAAUAUGCGCUCCGUGUUUUGUCUUUUCGUAUGUUUUAUUUGUCCCAGUAUGUUGUCGUGUUCCUAUGUUUCUGAUUGUGUUGUGUCGUUGCAUGCAUCUUGUGUUUAUAAUGGUUAUGUGUUUUAUUGUUAUGUUUUGUCUUGUGCUGCAUAUCACGCAGUACAAAAAUAUUGUCAUAUGACACGAUAAAGAUAAUGUAAUUUUUUAAUUAAAUGUAAUAUUGAUACUUUGUCGUUUGGGAUAACUCAUGUUGCCUUAGCAGCUUUUUGUUAAAAAGGUGGCUAUUUGCGAAUAUGACUGCGGCACACUUUUCCAGAUACAGAUAGAUAUAUUUUACAAUAGCAGAUAUCAGUCAUUCCCAGAACAAAACCCUUUAGAGAGAGACUUUUGAAAUAUAAGAAAGUCCUGAAUGUAUCCUUUUUAGAGAUCCUGUUAAAACAGGUCAGUUCACUCAGCGACCAACUUGGUCAGCUUUUUAUUCUGUGCAAGUACAGCAACUAUCUGUCUGAAUAGGCAAAGUCUGAAAUCUCUGAAUGUCAAGAUUACUUUUAUUCUAGAAAAGUCAGGUCUG